UGCUCAGGCAGCAGAUUCGUAUUUGUGCAGGUGCCGCUGGGACGGGCUCUGGGGACUGAGGGCUCCUGGAACCGCCGGGUGGCCGGCCUCACACGGCGGGCCCAGGCGCUGCGCUCAUGCGGGGCCUCUGUUUCUCGUGGCGCUCACCGCCGCCGCCGCCUCUGUUGCUGCUGCUGCCGCUGCUCCUGUCGCCAUCGCCGCCGCCCACCUGGGCCCAGGUGUCGGCUGUGUCCGUCCCCUCGGGGACCAGCGGCGCCCCCGACUGCCCCGAGGCAUGCGCAUGCGCGCCGGGCGGCCAGGCCAACUGCUCGGGACGCGCGCUGCCCGCCGUGCCCGCGGGUCUGAGUUGGCGCGUGCUCGUGCUGCUGCUAGAUCACAACCGCGUGCGCGCCCUGCCGCCCAGCGCCUUCGCGGGCGCGCGGGCGCUGCUGAGCCUGGACCUGAGCGAGAACGGGCUGUGCGCGCUGCACCCACGGGCCUUCUGGGGCCUGGGCGCGCUGCAGCGGCUCGACCUGAGCGGCAACCAGCUGGAGGCGCUGGCGCCCGGCACCCUCGGGCCCCUGCGCGCACUGCGCGCCCUCUCGCUGGCCGGCAACCGCCUGGCGCGCCUGGAGCCCACCGCGCUGGGCGCGCUGCCGCUGCUGCGCGCGCUCGACCUGCAGGAUAACGCGAUGACGGCGAUGGACGCCGGCGCGCUGGCCGCCCUGCCGGCCCUCGACGCGCUGCGUCUGCGCGGCAACCCCUGGGCCUGCAGCUGCGCGCUGCAACCGCUGUGCACCUGGCUGCGCCGGCACCCGCGGGCCGCGCCAGACGCCGAGACGCUGCUCUGCGUGACGCCGGGCCGACGGACGCUGGGGCCCCUGGCCGCCCUCCCGGACGCCACCUUCCGCCGCUGCGCCGCGCCGCUCGCCCCGCGGGACCUGGCGGUGGUCUGUGCCGUCGGGCCCGCCUCCUUCCUCGCCAGCCUGGCUGCCUGCUUGGUGCUUGGCUCCGCGCUCACCGCCUGCCGCGCCCGCCGCCGCCGCUUGGCCGCUCGCCCCCCGCCCAGGAGACCGCCUGGCCCCGCCGCCGCGCCCGCGGUCCCCGGGAGCCCCGCCGCCCAGUACUGAGCGGGCCUGGGGGUGCCCGAGCGCCCUCCCACCCCUUCCCUCGCAGCCAGCAGGCGUCAACAACGGCACAGAGCCCGCAGUCGUGACAUUCCUUUAGGCAACACCACUGCACACACCGGGGCAUGGGGGCGCGCGCGCCGGGCCGCCGGGGGGGAGGCGCGCGCUCGGCCACGGGGAGGGCUGGUCCUGU